CAGGCACAAAUGCGAACGCACAAGUCGCUGAUCGCCAAGCAGCAGGAGACCGCUGCCAAAUUGCAGCGUGCCUUUUCUGAGCGCGAGGAGGAUUGCAAGUACACAGAGCAGCUGCUGAUGGAGCUGAAGAACUACCAGUCCGAGCUCAUGGCAGCGGAAGAGCAACAGGCCCAAUACCCCAUAGAGCCGGAUGCCCACGCUCUGCUUUGCAGUCAGCUGGAGGCGGCACGCUCAGAGCUGCGCGCGGAGGAGGCUGCCAAUGCCACCCUGACAGCCGAGUUGGCGGAGGCGGAAGCAGCGUCUGCCAGAAGGGAUGAGCUACUGUUUGAGCGAAACCUCGAGGAAAGGCACCGGCAGUGCCAGCGGCAGCUCGAUGGCUACGAGGUCGCUCAGCCGGAUCUCGUCACCUUCAACGUCAGCGGAAAGAUCUACACCGUGUUGAGGGAGCCUACGCUCAGCUUGCAUCCCAAUUCACUUCUAAAACAGCUGGCAGACGAAAAGCAAAACGAGAAGGAAAUCUUUGUGGAAGGCAUGGGCGACCAGGAUCUCUUCAAGUACGUUCUUGAGUACCACCGUGAUCGCAAGGUCAUCCUGCCGCCCACGGUCUCCAAGGAGCUCAUAGAGGCGGUUCUCCGUGAGCUGAACCGUUUCGGGCUAGAUAUCGAGUCUGACAAGAGACUUGGCUGCGUCGUUUUUAGGAAUAUGAAAAUAGUAUGA